AUGGACGCGACCAAGCUGCCAGGGCUCGCGCGGCAGCCAUCCGUGCCGAGAGAGCUCACCGUCGCAACCGUGACCAAGCUUGUCGAGGAUUUGCAGCGAGAGCAGCAAGCGCAGCUGGCCGUCGAGCGCGAGCGCGUCAUUCAACAAGUGGUCGAGAAACUAGCGACAAACGGGCUGCUUUCGCUUCCACCCCAGAAACAAAAACACCACAAGACCAAGAAGGAGGCGAUCUUUGAGGGCCGGCUGCACUCGCUGCUCUCGCACUCGCUCAGUGAGAGCGGUCUCAACUACGCCCACGUCUUGCCACCGCCCACUGAUCCCGCACCAGCCGACCCUGGCGACCGACCGCUCGUGCUCGCUCGGCACGAGGGACCAGAACAAACGGUCGCCGAGCGCCAAGUGCGCCCGCACUCGACGACGAAGCGAGCCAAGCGCGCCGAGAAAGAGUCUCGAUUGCGCGACAACCCUCUUUUCGAGAAGCCCAAGCUCAAGUCGGCAACGGCGAAAAAACCGGAAAGAGCCAAGGCGGCAUCCGACGAGUCUCCGACGCCGGUGGACGAAGCUGCGGCGUGGACGGACUUGACCAAAGUGCCCUACAAUAUGGACAAGAGGACGUGGAUCUUGCUGCAACAAACCAAACGCAUUUUGCAGCAAACAACGUCGAGUACGAAUUACCGCCCGGGUAAGAUCGCACCAAAGCCGCUUUGGGAGGCUUCGCGUCGCCCUCUCGCGACCGGCGACUCUGCGCUAUCGACCGCACACGCGCCGACAAGCCCUCGUGAGCCCCUCGAUGGAGCCGACAAGACAGCUGAAAUCGCGCCAUCGAUGCCGGAGCCAACCAAGUCGCCCCCGAAAGGCUAUCAACUGGCAAUGCUCGAGCCGUUCCCAGACACGGACCCGAACACGAAUGACGACAAGGUCUGGGAGAACGAGCUCGCGCGUCAAAUUCUGAGCCUGUACGCCACCAGCGUCAACACCAAGAAACAUGGGGUUUCUCCGACAAAGCCCGCUGGCUCCCCGACGCCCCUUUGCGAUCCAAAGGCACCGAUUGAGCACUCUGAAGGGACGACAAAAAUGGUGUGUGAGGACCGCCGGUCGCGCGUCCGAGCGGUACAAGACUCGUGGGAGCCGAGCCACCGACUCGAGAACGGCAAAGUCAAACUCUGCAUACCGAAAAUCCCGCGCCCGAUUUGGUUUGCGGGCACGGGCGUCGUGCUGGCGACGUGGUGUGCACUGGCCGGCCCCGAGCUCGAGGGCCACAAGCCAACACCCGACCGCACCUACCUCGAGGGCGAGCCAGUCUUGUGUCGGCACUUGCUCUGCGACGACCUCCGGCAACUUGAACAGAGUGGUGCCCACGAAAAGUACAUUGCGGUCGUCGAGACGCUGCUCAUGGCGCGAUUACGUACCCACUUCAAGAUGCUCGAUGACAUCGACAUCAAGCUCUGGCGACAGCUCGUCAUCACAUGCAACGCAUUUGCGAGCCGCAACAUUGACGCCAAGAAGCACGCGGUGGCACUGCAACUCAUCAAGAAGACGGAAGCGCUUCUCGACGAUUCGACGCUGCUCCUUGGACCCGCGCGCGCCGAACUCGUGGCAUUUAUCGCCGACUCGUACGCACACUACUACUACAGCCGCGGCAAAGCCCACGCGGGUCUCAAGUACUGCGCCAAAGCCCAUGGGACACACGUCAAGCUCGGCGAGUGGUCGCAUGUGGCCAAGGCCAAGCUACACAUGGCGGCACUCCUCUCGCGGCUCGAGCGCCACGACGCUGCCAUCCAAGCUCUCCACGAGAUCCUCCAGCUAGUCGAGAGUGCGCAGCUCGAAGACGCCGGCGGCGCGUCGGCCCAAAAACUAUGUCUCGUGGCGGUGACGUACAACAACCUUGCGCUCGAGCAGCUCCACGUGCGCGACAUUGACCGCGCGUCGACCGCGAGCCAAAACGCCCGGCGGCUCGCGCGACUGUGCUUGAGCUACAGCAAUCGCUGGCUAUCGCAGCUCGAGGCGACGCACAAGGCGGUCGUGCGGGCGAUGACCACCAUGCUUGGCGACGACUGUGCAUUUGAUAUGGAGCUCGUGAUGAAGUACGACAUAGAAGCCUAA